AUGGACAAGGUCAACGACGCCAAAUCUAUGGCUGGUGACACCAUUUCUGCUGUUGUUGGCGACGGAGAUUCCGACCCAACAAUGAACCGAGUCCAGUUCAAGCCCAAGGACUACCGAGUCAUGGAAGGUUGCGGUGGUGCCGUCCUCACCAUCUGCCGCGAUGGUCCCGAUAUGGACAAGACCGUCUUUGUCGACUACAAGACUCUUGAUGGUUCCGCAUCUGCCGGUGCUGAUUUCGAAUACACUGAAGGCACUCUUUGCUUCAAGCCCGGAGAGACCAGCCACACUGUUACUGUUCCAAUUAUCGACGAUGAAGUUUUCGAAGAAGAUGAACAUUUCCUCAUGAUGCUUUCUAACCUCAGAGUUGUCGAUGGAGCUGGUGCUCUCCAGACUCGAGGAGGUGUUGCUACUAAAUUCGAAAUUGGCAAGAACCGAACUGCUACUGUCACUAUUCUUGAUGACGAUCACCGGGGUAACUUCUCCUUCGAAGAAACCACUAUGUCCAUCGACGAGGGUAUCGGCUGUGUCAGCAUCUCUGUUGUCCGAAAAUCUGGUGCUCGAGGUGAAGUCUACGUUCCAUUCCGAACUGUUCCCGACACUGCUGAAGCUGGCCGAGAUUUCGAAUCUCUCGAAGGCGAGCUUCUCUUCGAAGACGAAGUCACUGAGAAAACCAUCACUAUCAACAUUAUCGAUUGCGAAGAGUACGAAAAGGACAACAAAUUCUACGUCGAGCUUGGUGAACCCCGAGUUGCCCCCGCUGAGAAAGAAUUCUACGCUAUUCUCGAGAACCGAUCUGGAUCCCUUACCGAAGAACAAAUUAAGGUCGCCAUGCAGGGUCGACCUCGAGUUGAUGAGGACGCCAUGCGAAUCGAAGUUGGCAUUGUUGCUUCUCCCGCUUUCAAGAACGCUGUUGACAAGAUGAUGCAGAAGCAGGAUCUUACUGUUCUUGUUUCCACUGGAUCCUGGGCUGAACAGUUCACUGAAGCGUUGACCGUUUCUGCCGGUGAUGAUGAUGAUGAGGACUCCGAUGCUGAGCCAGGCCUUAGCGACUACAUCAUGCACUACCUUACUCUUCCAUGGAAGCUUAUCUUCGCAUUUGUUCCCCCAACUGAUUACUUUGGUGGAUGGGCUUGUUUCGUCGUUUCGAUCAUUGGAAUUGGUGUUAUGACUGCCUUCAUCGGUGACUUCGCUUCUCACUUUGGUUGCACUGUUGGUGUCACUGAUGCUGUUACUGCCAUUUCAUUCGUCGCUCUUGGAACUUCUGUCCCUGAUACUUUUGCCUCUAAAACCGCAGCCAUCGGUGACGAUACUGCUGAUGCCUCUGUUGGAAACGUCACUGGCUCCAACGCUGUCAACGUUUUCCUCGGUAUCGGUAUCGCAUGGACCAUGGCUGCCUUCUACUGGUCCGGCCGAGACGGCAAGAUCGGUCUUGAAGUCACCCCCGGUACUCUUUCCUUCUCCGUCGUCAUCUUCUGCGUUGAGGCUCUUCUUGCAAUUGCCCUCCUUCUCUUCAGACGACGAUACGGUGGUGAAUUGGGUGGUCCCCGCGGCCUCAAGAUCGCAUCCUCCGCAUUCUUUGUCUUCCUGUGGUUCUUCUAUCUCGGAGCUUCCAUUGCCAAGGCCUACUGCUAUAUCUAA